AUUGAAAAGAACCCUCUGACGACCCGGACCAUCCAAUAUACAUCGUACAUGAUAUUGAGCAAAACUCAAUUUCACCUCUAUCUCUCUCUUUCUCUCCCUUACACCCAUUCUCACCAGAAAACCUCACUCCCCUCCCUUUCGGACUACAAACUUUCGUCCAUCCAUUCCCAUCUCACCUCAUCUCAUAUCAUCUCAUAUCAUCUCAUCUCAUCUCCUCUUAUCAGAAACACACACACACACACACACACACACAAUGGCCGAACCAACCGCCCGCGCCGACCUCGCAAGCCGCCAACUCCCCUCCAUGACCCUCGCCACCGGCCUCCCCUCUCUCCCAGGCUCCUCCGCGUCCCGCACCGCCUCCGCCACGGACGACCCCACCACGCGCUUCGCCCUCCCCGGCACCGCCGUCAUCACCGGCGGCACCGGCGCCAUCGCCAACGCCGUCGCCCGCGCCAUGCUCCAGCACGGCCUCGCCGGCCUCGCCCUCCUCGACCUCGACGUCUCCUCCCCCGCCGCCGCCGCCCAGGUCGCCGCUCUGCGCGCCGAGUUCCCCGCUACCCGCGUCGACGCCCACGCCGUCGACGUCACCGACGAAGCCGCCGUCGCCUCCGUCCUCGACCGCGUCGCCUCGGACCUCGGCGGCGUCGACUACCUCGUCUGCCUCGCCGGUGUCGUCGGCUGCGUCCACGCCCUCGACAUGCCCGCCGCCCAGUUCCGCCGCAUUCUCGACGUCAACACCACGGGCGCCUUCAUCUGCGCCCAGGCCGCCGCGCGCCUCAUGGUCCGCCAGGCCCGCGGCGGCCGCAUCGUCCUCACGGCCUCCAUCUCGGCCCACCGCGUCAAUUUCCCGCAGCCCCAGGCCGCCUACAACGCGAGCAAGGGCGCCCUGCUGCAGCUCAAGAGCAGCCUCGCCGCUGAGUGGGCCCGCUACGGCAUCACAGUCAACAGCAUCAGCCCGGGAUACAUGGAUACCGUGCUCAACGAGGGCGAGGGGCUGCGCGAGGCCCGCGAGGUCUGGGCCGCACGGAAUCCGGCCGGCAGGAUGGGCAUACCCGACGAGCUCGGCGGCGUCGUCGUCCUGCUCUGCUCGAGGGCAGGGAGCUACUUCAACGGCAGCGACUUGGUCGUCGACGGCGGUGGUAUCGUGUUUUAGAGU